CGCGCGCUGAGUGGAUCCUCGCUGGACGGCUGCGAUGCUCCAGGAUUUUCCGGCACAAGUUUGCUCCCCGCCAUAGCCGAGCCGCGAGCUCGCGGGAAUUCUAGGGUUUAUAGUCCAGGGGGCGAGAAUGCAGUGCCUCCCUUGCGCGAUGAGCUCGCCUGGAGCGCUGCUGCAGCCUCAAUCGGCUGUGGGAUGGAGAGGAGGCGAUCAUUGGGAGAAUUUGGUCGCGAUUCCGUGCGCUCGGCUACACAGAGGCAAUCGCAAGCAAUUUUCUCCACUCAGGGUGGUGUGUAAAGAUUAUCCUAGACCCGAAAUUGAUUCUACUGUGAAUUUUCUCGAGGCUGCUGCUCUCUCGGCAUCGCUCAGAAAUGCUCCUCGACCGAGCGAGCCUCUUAAGAUUGUGAUCGCCGGCGCAGGUUUAGCUGGUUUGUCUACCGCCAAGUAUGUGGCUGAUGCCGGGCACAUUCCUAUUGUUUUAGAAGCCAGAGACGUCUUGGGUGGAAAGGUGGCAGCUUGGAAGGACAAAGAUGGCGAUUGGUAUGAGACCGGCCUUCAUAUUUUCUUCGGAGCAUAUCCCAACGUGCAAAACUUGUUUGGAGAACUUGGCAUCAAUGAUAGGCUGCAGUGGAAGGAGCACAGCAUGAUCUUUGCAAGGCCCGAUAAGCCCGGGGAAUUUAGUCGAUUCGAUUUUCCUGAGUUGCCUGCUCCAUUUAAUGGAGUGCUGGCUAUUCUGAAAAACAAUGAGAUGCUAACCUGGCCAGAGAAGAUCCGCUUUGCAAUUGGAUUGCUUCCUGCCAUUGUCGGAGGGCAGAAGUAUGUUGAGGCUCAAGACAACCUGACGGUAAAAGAGUGGAUGAUAAAGCAGGGUGUUCCGGAGAGAGUUAACGACGAAGUUUUCAUUGCAAUGUCUAAGGCCUUGAACUUCAUCAACCCGGACGAAUUGUCCAUGCAAUGUGUUUUGAUUGCUCUCAAUCGCUUUCUUCAAGAAUCACAUGGCUCGAAAAUGGCCUUCCUGGAUGGAAAUCCACCCGAAAGGUUGUGCACGCCAAUAGUCGACCAUUUUAGUAAGCUAGGAGGCGAAGUACGUUUAAACUCCCGACUCCAAAAUAUAGUCGUGAACGACGAUGGGAGAGUCAAGCAUUUUGCGCUCACAGAUGGUAGUAUAGUAGAGGGUGAUGUUUAUGUUUCAGCCAUGCCUGUUGAUAUUUUGAAGUUGCUAUUGCCAGAAAGCUGGAAAGAAAUGCCGUAUUUUAAAAAACUUUCCAAGCUUGUAGGCGUGCCGGUUAUAAACGUUCACAUCUGGUUUGACAGGAAGCUAAAAAACACUUACGACCAUCUUUUAUUCAGCAGGAGCCCUUUAUUGAGCGUCUACGCCGACAUGUCGACGACAUGCAAGGAGUAUGCGGACCCAAACAAGUCGAUGCUGGAACUCGUUUUUGCUCCAGCGGACAAAUGGAUAGCUCGAAGUGAGGAAGAUAUCCUUGAUGCGACCAUGCUAGAACUGGCAAAGCUCUUUCCCGACGAGAUCGCCGCGGAUGGAAGCAAGGCUAAAGUUCUGAAGUACCACAUUGUGAAAACUCCCAGGUCCGUGUAUAAGACUGUCCCCGAUUGUGAGCCCUGCCGGCCACUCCAGAGAUCUCCCCUAAGAGGAUUUUACCUCGCGGGCGAUUUCACGAAGCAAAAAUACCUGGCGUCGAUGGAAGGCGCCGUGCUAUCGGGAAAACUCUGUGCCAUGUCUAUUGUACAGGAUUCAAACAGCGGUGCUUUACUUCCAGUUCUUCCCAGAAAGACAAUGAGCGUCACAAGGUAACAAGUAAAAGAAUCUUACCAUUUUGUUUAAAGCGCUCAAAGCAGAAAUGCAAAUGGUCUGUGAGUGUUUAUGUUU